GUUAGCAGCCAACUGAGCCCUCGCCAGGAGGAAGGUGCAGCAUCGGGGCGUUCCUGGCUGGUUGCUUCGCGCUGGGGAGGCGGGGUGGAGAGCCAGGCAAAGAGACCUGCUGUGGCGCUUGCCCACUCCACCGUCAGCCAUAUUGCAGCGGGUACCGGGGAGGGGCAAGCAGCGACGCCCAGAACGGAGAGCAGCCCAGCCGGAGUGGAAGCUCAGCAGCAGCAGCCGCCGCCCCUGACGGAAUCGAGUAGACGCGCCAGCAAGGUCAUUUGGAAAAAGGAGAAGCACCUUUUUGGCUGCUGCAUGAAUAUUUUCUUUGGGGCCAACAGCAACACUUCAAGAACCAAAAAUGCCAAAACCAGUCAGUGUUCGAGUCACCACUGUGGAUGCAGAGCUGGAGUUUGCCAUCCAGCCCAACACUACAGGAAAACAGCUGUUUGACCAGGUGGUCAAGACUAUAGGCUUGCGUGAAGUGUGGUACUUUGGUCUUCAGUAUGUGGAUAAUAAAGGAUUCCCAACCUGGCUGAAGCUUGACAAAAAGGUCUCUGCUCAAGAGGUCAGGAAAGAGACCCCUCUGCAGUUCAAAUUCCGUGCCAGAUUCUUCCCAGAGGAUGUAUCUGAGGAACUCAUCCAGGAUAUCACUCAAAAGCUCUUCUUCCUGCAAGUGAAGGAAGGAAUCCUCAGUGAUGAGAUCUAUUGCCCACCUGAAACUGCAGUCCUCCUUGGGUCUUAUGCUGUGCAAGCCAAAUUUGGAGACUACAAUAAAGAAGCACACAAGGCUGGAUACCUCCAAACCGAACAACUGGUUCCCCAACGAGUAAUGGACCAACACAAGCUCUCUAGAGAACAGUGGGAAGAACGGAUCCAGGUCUGGCAUGCUGAACACGGUGGAAUGCUUAAAGAGAAUGCCAUGCUGGAAUACCUGAAGAUUGCCCAGGACCUAGAAAUGUAUGGAAUCAACUACUUUGAAAUCAAGAAUAAGAAAGGGACUGAUUUAUGGCUGGGAGUAGAUGCGCUUGGGCUGAACAUUUAUGAGAAGGAUGACAAAUUAACCCCCAAGAUUGGCUUCCCUUGGAGUGAGAUCAGAAAUAUAUCUUUCAAUGAUAAGAAGUUUGUUAUAAAACCAAUUGACAAGAAAGCUCCAGAUUUCGUGUUUUAUGCUCCUCGGCUGAGAAUUAACAAAAGGAUCCUGCAGCUGUGCAUGGGAAAUCAUGAAUUAUACAUGCGCCGUAGGAAACCUGACACCAUUGAGGUUCAACAAAUGAAAGCUCAGGCCCGUGAAGAUAAGCACCAAAAGCAACUAGAAAGACAACAGUUAGAAAAUGAGAAGAAGAAGAGAGAGACGAUUGAGAAGGAGAAAGAGCAGAUGUUAAGGGAGAAAGAAGAGUUGAUGAUGAGACUGCAAGAGUAUGAGCUGAAGACACAGAAAGCUGAAAAAGAUCUCUCGGACCAAAUCCAAAAAGCCAGGCAGCUUGAGGAUGAAAGGAAAAGGGCUCAGGAGGAAGCCGAGCGCCUAGAGAAGGAGCGUUUGGCUGCUCUGCAAGCCAAGGAAGAACUAGAGAGGCAAGCUGCUGACCAGAUGAAGAGCCAGGAGCAGCUGGCCACAGAGCUUGCAGAAUACACAGCCAGGAUUGCACUUCUGGAAGAGGCAAGGAAACGCAAAGAUAAUGAGGUGGAAGAGUGGCAGCACAGGGCUAAGGAAGCUCAAGAAGAUCUUGUAAAAACAAAAGAGGAAUUACAUUUGGUGAUGACUGCUCCACCUCCUCCACCCCCACCUGUGUAUGAGCCAGUGAACUAUCAUGUCCAUGAUAAUCUUCAAGAUGAAGGAAUGGAGUCUUCUGGCUACAGUGCAGAAUUCUCAAGUGAAGGCAUAUCAGAUGAUCGCAAUGAAGAAAAGCGCAUUACUGAGGCAGAAAAGAAUGAGCGUGUGCAAAAGCAGCUGAAGACGUUGACUGAUGAACUAGCCCAGGCCAGAGAUGAUAACAAGAAGACCCAAAAUGACAUAAUCCACACAGAGAACAUGCGACAAGGACGUGACAAGUACAAGACGCUGAGGCAGAUUCGACAAGGCAACACCAAGCAGAGAAUUGAUGAGUUUGAAGCUAUGUAAAUACUCGGCAAAGCAAGACUCUGGGAAAGGCAGAUCUUGAAUGCUGACUUUUCUUUUUGAAGAGUCACUGAACAGUCAAACCAAAAAACAUGCCCCUCACAUUUGGAUGCUACCUGAACCUAGCUAAAGCAACCAUCAACGUACAGGGAUAGUUGCCAUAUUGUUGCAGUCCAGUUUCGGUAGCUUCAUAUUUGGUAAUAUCCUCGUGCCAAAAGGCCUUUCAGAAUCCCUUCUUUCCCCAUUGUAAUAGUUGCUGGUUGUCAUAGUGCUUGAAUAAAGGCACCUACAGUGGCAGGUAUGUCCAGACUGAACAAAAGAUCUUAACCUUAGUGUUUUGUGCCAUGUUUCUUGAACACCACGUAAAACUAGAUUGUUGACCACAUAUAAUAGGGCUAUAAAGACCUUCAAGGCCUACUUCUGUUUCCACACAACUACCACCAACUACUUGUUACUGUUGCAGAGAUAUCAGAAAGAAAGUCCUAGAAACCUCUUAAGUAUAAAUCUGAGGAAACGAAUUGCACUGUUGAAUUGGAGACAUUCCCACCACAGUGAUCAAUUGGAAGAAUUGCAGUUGUGGCACGGUCUGAUGCCCUUCUUAGGCCGAAUAUUGUUGGCCUUCAAUAUUAUUGAGGUGUGGUACUCCAGCUUAACCAAUCAGCUGUAGUGUAGUAUUUAUAUAUACCUAUAUUAAAGAUGUAAGUGAUAAAUAUGAAUUAAAUUCUAGUUUGAAAAGGGAGGAGAAAAGUUUUUUGCUUUGUAUAUUUUGUUACCUAUUUCAGAUUUAAUAUUAAGAAUAACAUGUAAACAAAUAAACUUAUCUCCUAGUCUGUGCUGCAUGGCAAUGUAGGAUACAGAUUAUGACCUAGAAGACAUUUGUAAAGAUGAUUUUUUUACUUUAAAGAAAAUUGUAAUACAUGCCUAUGAUUCAGUAUAUACAAUUUCACUGUACCUAUUUUUUCUAACAAAUUUUCUAAUUUUUUUAAAAUGAUAUAGUUUCAGACUCCAACCAUGAAGGGACUUUAUGUCAGCUUUUUAUUUUCUCUAUUAAAGAGUGUUUCUAUGGAUUUCUUCCAUCAAGUUAACCUCCACCUCCAAAACAAUCUCACUUCAGGCUUUGGAAAUCCUCUAGAAAGUAAGAGUACAGUAUGUUGUUAGCUCUGCUCUACAUACAUCUCCCUAUGCUGCUUUGUACUCUUUAAAGUUAAACCUUCAUAUCAAAGUGUUGUGGGAUUUGUGUUUGUACAAUUCACCCACAAAUAAAAAAAAUCUGCAAGGCAA